AUGGCUUCUGUGAAACUGCUUGCUGAACUUGUUCUAAGAGAAUUGAAACAAGUGCUUCGGUGUCGUGGACUGAAAAGCUUUGAAAGAAACAAGGAAACUCUUAGAGAACGCCUUCGACAAGCCUUGCUGGAGGAAGAUGAAAGUCCGGACUCAUCUGUUCGAAGUACAGCCAGAUAUCAGAUAGCUCAUGGGCGCCGUGAAAGAACAGAUGAACUCGUUCCAGGUACAUCUGGAUAUGCAGAACAAAUUUCUAGAACUGCAGCUAGAGUUGUGGCUAAUCGAAAUGUUAAGUUGGUAAAUCAAGAUCGAUUUGACCUCUACCUUGGACCUCUUGGAAUAAAUAUCUCCAAUUUUUAUGAAGCAUUAGAACAAAAGCUUUUGGAUUUUUUAACUUUUACAGAUAUAAGAAUUCAAUUAAUUCAGCCAUUUACAGAUGCCAGAGGACUAUAUGAUGCCUAUUACUAUGCUAUCUCAGAUGUACAAGCAGUGGCAAGAUGUUACUGCAAUCUCCAUGCAGCUGAUUGUAACUAUACAUCUCAGGGUAUCACAUGUGAUUGUCAACACAACACCAUGGGCAAAAACUGUGAGCUCUGCCAGCCCUUGUACAAUGAGAGGCCUUGGAAGAAAGGAAGUUACAUCCCUUAUCCUAGAGGUCAAGCUAAUGAAUGCCUCAAGUGUGAGUGCAAUGAUCACGCUGUUAGCUGUACCUACAAUGCAACAUAUGGCAGAGGAGUGUGUGAUGCAUGUCUUCAUAACACACGUGGAUACCACUGUGAGCUGUGUGCUUUGACCUUCUAUCCCAAUGUGUCCCUCCCCCAGAAUGAUGUCAACAGAUGCAUAGAUUGUGCCUGUGAGCCAUUAGGAGUUGAUGGCGGGAAUCUCAAUUGCUCACAGACAGACACAGUGGGAACUGUUAUUGGUCAGUGUCCCUGCAAGCAGUAUGUCACCUCGAGGAAAUGUGACACCUGUGUAAGUGGCUAUUAUGGACUUCUCACUGGCCCAACACCAGGAACCUGUGUUGCUUGCACCUGUGUCCAGGAUGGUACUGUUGAUCAAAGUAUCAACUGUACACAAGACACUGGUCAGUGUACAUGUAAACAAACUAUAACUGGCAGAACAUGUGAUACAUGCAGAGAUGGUUACUACUCAUUUCCAACUGGCAACCCUCAAAAGGAAUGCUCUAACUGUAAUUGUGAUAAGGGAGGUGCAGUGUCUCCAGUUUGUGACAAAGUGACUGGGGUAUGUGCCUGUAGAGCUAAUAUAACUGAAGCCAAGUGCACACUACCUGCCAAAGGUACCUAUGUGCCAUCCUUAGACACUUUGAUAUAUCAACCUGUGACAGGUGGCUGUCGGAUAAUUAGUGACUUAUAUACAGACCAAACACCUUUUGAUGGGACCAGCUUUGCAGUGUGUGAUUUGUUCAAUGGAACUGUCAGUGUAGAUUUUGAGCCUGUUGUAGGUGGACAUGUUCAGAAGAAUAUACAAUGGCCUUACAUUCUGGCUGUGAGGUACUCUACCAACAGUUCAGCUCUUUCUGGAACAGUUAAAUUACAAGUCUCUGGCAACACUACAGCUGAUCUAACACUUUUAAGUUUACAACUUGGUCAAGCUAUUUCACCUGUAUGUCCUUUCAUUGGACAGACUGAACAGGUGGACAUUAAAUUUACUCCUGGUAAAUCUUUGGCAGUGUUAUCACAGCCACAGAAUGUAACAAUAGAUGCUCGAUGUGCCUACAAUUUAACAUUACUUUUGUAUUCAACUGAGACAAGUCUGUCAGGAAACUUAUCAGCCACAGUCAAUGGAGUAUCAUCAUCAGGAUCAAUGAUCACAAUCGAUUCUCUGCUUCUGUUACCAACACUCACUUCUGCAGAUGGUGCAACAAGUUUUGGUGUUUAUGUAGCAGCUGAAAACAAAACAAUAACCCAAGAGAUGUACUUGACAUGCCUACAACAACUUUCAUCCCUCCUGACAAGGCAGAUCACUUUAACAACUUCCUGUCAUGAUAUUCUGUUCUCUGUUGGGGCAGAGCUCUUUAAUGGAUCUAAAUCCUGUGGUUGCCAAGCCAUCAGCUCUGUUACUACUAUAGCUUGUCAGGAACUUGGUGGCCAGUGUCAAUGUAAGUCAGGUGUCUCUGGGCAAACUUGUGAUAUCUGCACUCCUGGAUAUUUCAAUUUCACAGACAAUGGGUGCUCCCCAUGCAAUUGCCAUCCUAAAGGAGCAGAAACUGGCUCUUGUGACCCUAAUGGAAGAUGUUCAUGUAAAAAAAACAUCCUUCAAGGCAAUGUAACCUCAGCACUGGACAACAAUGGUACCAGUAUCAGGAUAGAUGGCACAUGCAGCCACUGCCUGCCCAACUACUUUGGCAUAGAGAGUGGUCAGGGAUGUUCACCUUGCAACUGUAGUGUUGAUGGCAGUACAAGCCUACAGUGUGAUGAGACUGGCCAGUGCCCAUGUAAAGACACUGUCACUGGGCUGAAGUGUGAUGCUUGCAAAGAUGGGUUUUAUGGCUUUGGACCAAAUGGUUGCAGCUCAUGUAAUUGCUCAUCAUCUGGUUCACUAAAUGUGACUUGUCAUCAGAUAACGGGAGCCUGUAACUGUAGAAAUAAUGUUGAAGGCUCUAAAUGCAACUUGUGUAAAGCUGGAUUCUUCAACCUAGCUGAAACCAAUCCCAAAGGCUGUCAACCAUGCUUCUGUUUUAACCAUAGCAACUAUUGUACUUCUGCUGUUGGCUACGUGGCAAAGCUUUUACAAGUAGCAAAUCCUUCUGGAGAUUUCACAGCACUUUUUGGAGAUCGUCACUGGUCAUAUGGUCAACUGCUAACAAUUAAAUUUACUUCUACUUGGAAUAUAGACCUUAGCAAUCAAAUUAUUUUGUCUCUUUCUGGAUCUGGUAAAGUUGUUCAUUACAUUGCACCAAACAGUACAGUGAUUGGUCCAUCUGGAUCUCUGAGUCUUGUCAUUCGUCUACUGGAACAAAACUGGAUGAUGGAUGGUCCAGAAAGCAGUAUCCAACCCACAGCUCAAGAUUUCUUAGCUCUUCUGGCCAAUCUGUCUGCAGUAACUCCUAUUACCUUCUGGAAUGGUCAGCCCAUUGUUACAUCUUAUAUUGGACUAGACUGGGCAGAAAUCAAAGUAGGGACCACACUAGCAGAAAUUAAUUUUGUGGAAAACUGUAUCUGUUCUAAUACUUCACACACAGCAGGUAUGUCAUGUCAGAGAUGCUCACGGGGCUACAGGAAAGAGGAUUUGUCCAACAUCUCCAGCUUCAGCCAGUGUGUUGCCUGCAACUGCAGCAAGAGAGGUAUUACUGACCCACCAGAUUGUGAGGAGUCGACAGGGAAGUGCCUCGACUGUAGGAAUGGCACUACUGGGAAUCACUGUGAGAUGUGUGCUGCUCAUGUUAUUGGUCCUGAGUGUGACACUUGUGAGAGUACCUUCUGGGGACUUCAGGCAGAUGGAUGCAGAGAUUGUAACUGCAGUGACCCAGGUGCAACAUCUAAUGUAUGUAACACUACAUCUGGUCAGUGCACAUGUGCUACCAAUGUUGUGGGCAGAGCUUGUGACCAGUGCCAAGAGAACUUUUACAAUCUCACACAAGCUGGAUGCAUAGAAUGUGACUCAUGCUAUUCCCUCCUGAAAGAGGCCAUCCUACCACUGCACCAGCUGGAGUCAGACAUUAGUUCUAAUGUUUCUGCUUUACAAGCCAACAGUGUAAACACAACCUUCAUGACUCGCUACUGGGAAGCGUCAAACCAGACCAAACAGUUGACUGAUUUUUUGACUUCAAUGCAGCUGUCUGAAGCUGUCAUAAAAUCAAAUGUGUAUGAACUGAAUAGGACACUGCUAUCCCUGCAAACAGAGCUAGAUUUCAUGCAACACAACUCAACAGUUGACAUUGAAAGACUCAUGACAUUCUCUGACUCUACCCUUCAAAUUGCACUUUCCUACAGGAGUGUUAUAGAGAACAACACAGUUACAGUUUACAAUAAAUUGGCCUCCCUGCAAGUAAGCCAGGCUAAAUUGUCCAGUUUGGCAUCUAGUUUAAAAACAGUGGAGCAAUAUUUGAUGAUGGUUGCCAGCUCUUCAUUGGUUGAUCAACAAAUAGUCAAUGAACUAAGCACCCUCAAUAAUACUUUGUUUUUGGCCAACCAGUUAUUAACUAGUGCUCAACAGAAAUCUGAAGCUGCCAAUCAGAUCCAUAAGAACAAUACAUCAAUUCUGCUAGCUUUGGAUACCAGAAUCAACGCCCUUGUCAGUGGUGCUAUCAAGUCCUUGGCCAAUGCACAUAAAUUAGCAAAUACCAGUAAUGAUUUAUUAUCUACUGCCUCUAACUUGAAGUCUAAGCUGUCUCAGUUUGUGAACUUUAAACUGGACAGUGCAAGUCUUGCUAGUAAAAUGUCUGAAACAAAGAGCAUGACUAGCUCCUAUCAGUCACAGGUUGUUGCUGAGUCUGCUUUGUUUAAUACUUCCAAUGUCAAUGCCUUGACUACUGUUCCCAUAGCUGACAAUAUGAGCAAUAGUACUCGAACUCUAGGAUUAACAGCAGCUGAUUGGAAGAAUAGGGCCAGUGUGGCAUCCCAAAAGGCUUUAUCCUCUCAAGCUACAGCAAGCAAUAUGUUGCAGGAAGCCAACAAAACUUUAUUGACUCUCAUUAAUUUCACUGCUAAGGUUCAAGAUUCUAUGCAGCAGGUGAGUGCACUGAAUGUGUCCUUGACCUCUGCACUCACCAUGAGUGAACAACUGAUUCUACAGUCUCAAACUGUGACACAGACAUUGGCCCAGCUACAGCAAACAGCCUCAGAGGCCAAACUCACCGCUCAGCAAGCACUUGGAAUUAUCAUGAUCAGACAAGAGGAAUUCAGGUCAGUGUCUAUGUUAUCAGGACAGAUUCAGAACAAGCUAAACAACAGUGUUGAUUUGAGUGCUGAUAGAUUUAGAAUACUGACCAACACUAGACUAAACAUUCUCCAGCCAGCAGUGCUGCAGUGUUCUGACCUUAACUCGUCAGUGUCAAACUUUAAAGUUCAGCUCUCAUCUGCCCAACUGGCUGUGGAUAGGUCCUACAUCCAAUUUGCUAACUUGACAGAGCAAGCCAAUAGUAUUAUAGCCCAACUAAACAGUUUGAAUAAAAUAAGCCCAGCAUCUGUGGUGGCUCUGAUCACAAAUGUUCAAUCAGCCAAAGAGCUGAAUCUAGAUGAACUGCGAAUGAUCAUAAGUGACUUGAAAACAAAGAAAACUGCUCAGAAGCAACAGAUAGAUGAUCUGAAGCUAAAGAGAGAUGACCUUAAUCUUAAAAUACAGGUUUUGAAAGCUUUUCAAGACCAGAUUAAUAAAAAAUAACCUGUGUCUUUUUAAAGUAAAUGUUUUAUUUGUAUUUCUCAUAUAAAAGUCUUAUUUUCAUACAUUUAAAAAGUUCUUGUUUCUACAUUAGAUUUUUUUUUCUAAAACUCAAAAUUUAAAAUAUUUUUUUUUUAAAUCCAAGAGUAUAGAUCUAUAUCUGUCACAAUAAUUAAAUAAUUUUCUGUUGCAAUUAUACAUUGCAUUUUAAUAAGAAAAUGUCUGAAUUAUAUUCCUAUCAUUAUUGUGGUUUUACAUGGGGUAGUGUUAACUACAAACCUGAGAUGCAGUGACUCCAAAUGUUUUCAUUAUAGCAACCAUAACAAUAUCACUAGAGCAUAAAAAAAAAGUAACAGUGAGGGCUUAGCUUUUUUAAUGGAUCUCUAGCUUUCCAUGCUAUAGAGUGAGUUAUUUGCAGCUGCUAUUGUCUAAAUCAUCAGGAAUUACUGUAACAGUUUUAAUGGAUCUCUAACUUUCCAUGCAACAGAGUGAGUUAUUUGCAGCUGCUAUGGUCUAAAUCAUCAGGAAUUACUGUAACAGUUUUAAUGGAUCUCUAACUUUCCAUGCAACAGAGUGAGUUAUUUGCAACUGCUAUAAUCUAUAGGGAAGUUGAUGUGGAUUUACUACAACUGCUUAAAUUACUUGUGUAAUUAAUUUCAUGUCUGCAGAACUACCUAAGUUUAUGACAUACAAUUAAACACAAUCCCAUAAAAUUUAAAUUAGGUUUGACUUAUGCAAUGUUGGACAUUUAACUGUAACAUUUCAUAUAAAUAUAAGUAUUUUCUAUUUUGUAAAGAUGUGAAAAAAAACAUUUUUUAAUCUGGUAAUUUUUUAAACGAAAGUUACAAACUGUUUUCAGUUUUUGUUUGUUAAAAUCUUUUACUUAUUACUUCCAUUUGUUGGUUAAUCUGUUGAUCUCAUUUUUAUCUGGAUUGUAUUUCGCAAUAUUUGUACUGAUAUAUGUUGACAACCUUGGAUUAUUUAUGUUGGUAUUAUACAUUUAGCACCAAAGUUUUGGAUCUCCAAAAUUAAAAAAAAUUUAAAGACAUUUUUAUUUUGUUAUAAUUUAUGUUUGUUUCUUUAUAUGGAAAAAAAAAGGAACCCUGUCAUAAAUUUGUUAAAUAUGUAUGGUAUUCAUUGGAUUUUCAGGCUAGAUAAGUAAGUUAAACCUAAAAGAGUAAUCAGUGUGUUAGUAUUUGAUCCAUAUUUUAACUAUUCAACUAUUAUUAUAUUCCAUCUCAAUUUCAUUCAAUAUAUGUUAGUAUUUGAUCCAUAUUUUAACUAUUCAACUAUUAUUAUAUUCCAUCUCAAUUUCAUUCAAUAUAUUUACUACUGCUCAAAUACUGGGCUUGAUAAAAUAAAACUUUUUUUUUCUAUCACAUCCUGUGAAUCUUGUGCUGCUAAUCUUAGUUCUAGGAGAUUUUACUAUUGGAAUGGUAGGCUAUAUACUCUUAACUAAAUAUCAUGGUGAUUCAAAGUGUGAAUUUUUUAUCCUCCUUGUUACUCUACAGAAUAUUUGCUCUGAGGUUUUACAGUGGAUCCUAAUUAGCUUAAUAAUAGGUUUUAGAAAAACUAUUUUAAAUAAGCCUUUUUUUUUAAAUUAUAUGUCAUAGCAUAUAAGAUAUACUGUACUCUUGAUGCAAUCUCAAAGACUUGUUGAGCUAACAAAAUUCAAUCUUAUUCGUUUUGUCUAACUGGAAUAUCUUAUUAAAUUUCUCAAAUGUUAACUUGUUUAAACUUAGCAUUUAUGCAGUAUAGAAUUUUGAUCUAAUAGCUAUCAGCAUUCAGUCUUGACAUAAUUUAACUUGUGAUGCUACACUCAGUAAACUUGACUUCAUAUGAUGGCAGCUCUUGAGUACAAUAGUUUUUGAGAGAAGGUUAAAAAGAAAGAUGCAAGCUCUGGCAAGGACUCAAAACUAUGGAUCUCCAAUUGUGCAACAUUGCCUAGCAGUGACAAGCUAACAUCUGACCAUGUCCUUUAACUAAAGCUAACCUACAUUUGUCACCUUCUCUCAGUAACUAUUGUUUUCUGCUAUUAUGUCACAUGCUUUGUUUAUUAUUUUUUUUUGGGUUUACAUGUAGGGGAAUCAGCAUUACAAUCAAGCAGUUUGUUGAUCUCCUACUAGAAAUUUUUAAAAACUUUUUUUUUUUACUUUUUCUUGUAUCCGCCUGUGAGAAAAGGAGCUAAAUUAGUUUAUUAGGAACUGAAAUGAAAACUUUGAAUGUUUAUGAAGAAUUCAAAUUGAAAUAGUUUCAACCAUAGACAUAGAUAUAUAUAUGUCUAUGGUUUCAACUUAAUAUUUUUUCUAAUAUUGUUGCAUUAAAAUUGUUUGUUUUUUUUCAAAUGGGCUAGAUCUCACAGAUUUGCACACUUUUAAACAUUACAAGAAACAAAAAAAACUUUUGUAUUGUUGAUUUUAUUAAGAAUUUUGUCUACCACACUAAAAAGUCUAAAACAGUAGGAUAUUGGGGGGGUAACAUUUCACUGGUAUACCAUUAAAAAUACCUUUUUAUUUAUGGUCUAUAUUUUCUAUGCAAAUACACCAAUAAACAAAAAGUUUUGAAAAAAAACACAAAAACAAACAAAUAUCACAGUAUAGUAACCAUCACAUUCAAUAAUAAUUGUUUUCGUAGACUGUAAACAAAAUUCUUGGCUUUACUUUAAAAAAAUGUAAAUUCCAACUGAGCAAUGAAAGUAUUAUAUUGAUACUUAGUCCUUGUGCUGCUACACCAUGAGACUAAAAGGUUACUCAUUGGUAUACACUGUGUCUGUAUAAUAAGUAGUCUAUGACUUUAAAGUAUUGUUAAGACAUAACUCAUUUCUUUGCAACAUAAACAAGAUACAUGUUCAUCUCAUUGAUUCCUGGAAGCUGAAUGUACAAUAAACAAAAUUUGCAUU